CGUCACGUGGAGCAGCUGUCGGGCCCUGCCAGUGUAUAGUCAGAGUAGCACAGGCUGCACCAGAGGAAGCGGCGGCAGCACAGACAGAGCCGAGCAGCCCUCUUUGGAAUCCACAAGGCUGCUUGACGAGGCAGACUGGCUGAGGUGAUGACAUUACAGGGAGAAGCAGAUCUCCUUAGGGCUGACAGCUGAUGGAGAGGAGUCCCUGCUCCUCUUCUCACGCACACUACCAGGAACAAAUGAGGAGGACAAGCAACAUAGAAAUGGAACACUGAUUGGAGUAAAACGUUACUCACAGUAACUGGAAGCACUAGGGUUUUUGGUGGAAGGUGCACAUUGACUGACUGUUUUUGAGUUUAUGAGGCAAACCUUUCUUUGGAUUUUUAUUUUUGCUCCACUGCUCAAAUGAUUCUUGAAGUCGUCACAGGAAAUUUCUAAUUUUUUUUUUUUAAACUGUGCUUUCAUUGUUGCCUUGUUACAAAAACUGCAUCAACAAGGCAGCUCACUGAUCAAAUACAUUACAAUGACUUGAGUGCCUUUUGUUUUGGCAGCCCUUCCGGCUUAAUUACAUCAUUAAUCCAGCAAUGCUAAAGUCAGCAGUUUAGUAACAUCAUUUCUUUUUGUUAGUUUUUUUUUUUUAAAAGAAAUUUCCAUUGCUCACCUGUAAUCACUGUUCCAGAUAACCCUGAUAGCCAAGCAAAAGUACUAUGCACCAAUGUCGCUCUCUCACAUCUGACACAGUAUUAUUCACCUUGGAUAAGGCGGAGCGUUCAUAGCCGCACUGAAACCCCUACAAAGAACCUCCCUCUGGAUAGUUUUUUGUUCAGGUGGUGUAGAACGCUGCAGGGAUGUUUGCAGCCGUGGAGCAUGGCCCCGUGCUCUGUAGCGACUCCAACAUCCUGUGCCUGUCCUGGAAAGGUAGAGUCCCCAAAAGUGAGAAGGAGAAACCAGUCUGCAGAAAGCGUUAUUAUGAGGAGGGCUGGCUCGCUACCGGGAAUGGUCGGGGAGUGGUUGGGGUCACGUUCACAUCCAGCCACUGCAGACGGGACAGAUCCACCCUACAGAGAGUAAACUUCAAUCUCAGAGGACACAAUAGUGAGGUGGUGUUGGUACGGUGGAAUGAGCCCUUCCAGAAACUGGCUACAUGUGACACAGAUGGGGGGAUUUUUGUUUGGAUUCAGUAUGAGGGACGCUGGUCAGUGGAGCUGGUCAAUGACCGUGGAGCUCAGGUGAGUGACUUUACCUGGUCACAUGAUGGCACCCAAGCUCUCAUCUCGUAUCGUGAUGGCUUUGUCCUGGUGGGCUCCGUCAGUGGGCAGCGACACUGGUCGUCUGAGAUUAACCUGGAGAGCCAGAUUACCUGUGGUAUCUGGACCCCCGAUGACCAGCAGGUUUUGUUUGGUACUGCGGAUGGACAGGUCAUAGUGAUGGACUGCCACGGGCGCAUGCUGGCCCACAUCCUGCUGCAUGAGUCGGAUGGUAUUGUCAGUAUGUCCUGGAAUUAUCCCAGCUUCCUGGUGGAGGACAGCAGUGAGAGUGACACAGACUCUGACGAUUACUCCCCACCACAAGUGUACACCCAAAAACCGCUGCUGACAGUCAGCUUUACCUCUGGGGACAUCAGCCUGAUGAACAAUUACGAUGACCUUUCACCCACUCUCAUCUGCACUGGUUUAAAAGAUGUUGUGGUCCAAUGGUGCUCACAGGGAGAUCUCCUGGUAGUAGCAGGAAUGGAGAGAACAAUCAUCUCCCCUGACAACCCCUGCCCUCCCCCCACCAGAAAUGCCAUCGUUAAGUUCUACAAUGUUCGGGGAGAACACAUCUACACUCUAGACACUCCUGCCCAGCGUCCCAUCACCACGCUCUGCUGGGGUCACCGGGACUCUCGCCUGUUCUUGGCAUCAGGGCCGGCUCUCUACGUGGUGCGUGUAGAGCACCGUGUCGCAACGCUGCAGCUACUCUGCCAGCAGGGCAUCGCCACAGCAGUAAAGGAGGAAAAAGACGUUGCCAAGCUCACAAUGCCUUCCCGUCUGUGUUCUUUCGUCACAACUGCUUUUGUCCCCACCAUCAAGCCACCCAUCCCCGAUCCCAACAACAUGCGGGAUUUUGUGAGCUACCCGACUUCUGGGAAUGAACGUCUGCACUGCACCAUGAAACGAACGGAGGAUAACCCUGAGGUGGGAGGGCCAUGCUAUACUCUGUAUCUGGAGUACUUGGGUGGUCUGGUUCCAAUCCUGAAAGGCCGAAGAAUCAGCAAGCUGCGCCCAGAGUUUGUCAUAAUGGACCCAAAGACAGAUGGGAAAACAGAUGAGAUUUAUGGCAACAGUCUGAUAUCGGCAAUGAUUGACAGCUGCAAUUGCUCAGACUCCAGUGACAUCGAACUGAGUGAUGAUUGGGUUGGUAAGAAGUCUCCAAAGAUAUCAAGAGGAAGCAAAUCUCCCAAACUCCCAAGAGACUUAGUUUGUCCCUUUACCAACAGGAUUAAUAUUGACCCCAGAAAAUCACCUAAACUAUCCCGGGCUACGCAAGACAUCUCUAGGUCGCCACGGUUACCCAUACGGAAACCCUCAAUUGGGUCACCCAGUCUAUCCCGGAGAGAGUUUCAACUGGAUGACAUCAAUCAGCAAAAUUACCUUGCUCAGGUGACAUCCAAUAUUUGGGGAACAAAAUUCAAGAUUGUGGGGCUGGCAAAUUUCUUACCAACCAAUCUUGGUGCAGUUAUCUAUAAGACAAGCCUCCUUCAUCUUCAGCCCAGGCAGAUGACCAUCUACUUGCCAGAAGUUCGCAAGAUCUCUAUGGACUACAUCAACCUGCCUGUUUUCAGUCCCAAUGUUUUCAGUGAGGAUGAAGAUGACCUUCCUGUCACAGGCCCUGCAGGUGGUGCUGAUGACAAUCCCCCCUGCACUGUGAACAUCCCUAUUGCCCCCAUUCAUAGUCCUGCUCAGGCUAUGUCCCCAGCUCAAAGCAUUGGUCUGGUCCAAUCACUCCUAGCCAAUCAGAAUGUUCAGCUGGAUGUGCUGAGCAAUCCCACAUCCACCCCUGCUGGAGCAUCUGGCAGUGGGUCAGACCAAAACCAGGAUACUGUCUUGACAGCCCAGUACACGGUACCCACCAGGUACUCUAGUCCCGGCCAGCCUUCAGGUGCAGCACUGCACCAGCUGCAGCCAGGGGCACUGCAGAUCCAAAUUCCUCAUCCUCCUGAUGAUUUAGUAGUUGAUAGAACAGUUGGAGGCGAACAUGAGCACCUACUGAAGAUCAAAACUACUCGGUCAACUCCACAGCUAGCUGAUGGUGAUACAGUUGUGUUCAGUGCUGCUCUGGAGCUCAGUAAGAUGAACCCACCGCCCCCUUACCCUGGAACUGUGGCUGCUGCUGUAGCUGCUGCAGCAGCAGCUGCUGCAUCAGCAUCAGCCUCCACUGCAGCUAUCGGCACCUCAUCUGGAACAGGCACAAGUGGAACUCCUCCCCCUGGUGACCUUUGUCUUAAGAAGGGAGAGUUCCAACUUUAUCCUUCAGGUCAGCCACAGGCUCAGUAUCCCACACCACUGGGUUAUGAGAGGAUAACAACCUUUGACAGCAGUGGGAAUGUGGAAGAAGUAUGUCGUCCUCGAACACGCCUUGUCUGCAAUCAGAAUGUGUAUACACUCCAGGGACCUGGCAGCUCUGCCACUCUCAGGGUCACCUCAUCUUCAUCGUCCGCCUCAGCUGACAAGAAAAUUCAGCUGCCCUACACCUCUGCCACUCUCAACAGGCUCACUGCACCUCGCUAUUCCAUACCUAGUGGAGACCCACCUCCAUACCCAGACCCAGCCAAUCAGACCACCACUGCUGGAAGGAACCUCAGUGGGAGGCUAGAUAGCAGUCUGAUCCACGCCACACUUCGGAGGAACAGCCGAGAGGCAGCAAUCAAAGUUUCUCAGAUGCUGGAACCACCAAGGCCGCUUCCUCCGAAAGCUAAAAAUAGUGCACUAGCAGCCUCAUUCCAGCAGAGGGUACCAACAGCCUUAUACACCUGCAGUCAGUGUAGCAGUGGAUCCAGUGUUGGAAGCACUGCCCCAGGGAGUGCUAAUGGAAUAGCAGGAGGAACUAUUAUCAGACAGGAUUUCCCUCCAGGGAAUGGAGCACCACACAGCACAGUGAUCGUUCACUCCAACAGCGCAACUCCUCUGGCCUCCCAGUCCUCUUAUAGUCUGAUGAGCUCACUUGAAGGAUCUGGGAGUGUGUCAGGAGGGGGAAGUAACAGAGACAGGGCUGAUUAUGUUAAUUCAGCUUUUGCAGAGGAUGAAGCAAUGAACAAGUCCCUGAGGCAUCUGGCUUUGGGAGGAAGUGAUGCACCAGGAGGUGCUGUCAAACGACCUCCACCUUAUCAGUGGGAUCCAGCUGCCACAGAGGAAGUUUGGAUACCUCAGGAAAGGACAGCCUCUUUGAAUUCCUCUGCCCCCCCUGUUCCACACAAACCACCACCUCUUGUUCUUAGCCCAGCUCAACACUUGGAUGUAACCAGGCUGCCUUUUGUCCUUUCUCCAAAGUCCCCCACCAGCCCCAGUGCUGCAUCAUUCCAAGCUGCUGCAGCAGCUACAGGCUACCAAAUAUCUCUCCAGUAUCCCCCUGCAACUGGCUGUAACGGAACGCAGCUCCAGCCCAUCCCAACCUCACCACGCCCCUGCACCUCCCCAAAGGAAAUGGUGGCUCCUGUUCCCUUUUCACAGCAGGAUGCCACUCUUGUUAUACCUCCGGGCUAUCCUGCAAACCUUGCUAACCUUACUUGCUGCCCCCUUCCACCAAUGUAUCCAGGUGGCAGUGCUUGUACUGGGCUUCCUGUUCCUCCAGUUGCCCUUCACACACCCUGGGGAACAUAUAAUUCUUGCCCGCCUAUGCCCAGUCCGGCCGUGCCGCUACCACCCAAGGCCUCCCACAUGACACUCGACAAAAAUGUUCUCUCACCACCUCCUCCUCCGCCACCCCCGCCUCCUCCACCACCAGCAGAACUACAGAGCCAUGGGGCAUUACAGGAGGCCAUGGCAGAGACAGCUGAAAGCUUUCAGGAGGUGCUUUCACUGACUGAGAGCCCUGUGCCUCAGCGGUCAGAGAAGUUUAACAAGAAGAACCGCAAGCGGAUGGAUGGUCGAGCUGAAGAGGCUAACGUGUCGCAGCUUGCUGAAGGGAGCAAAUCAAAAAAGGAAGGCAGAGCUCUCGGAGAUUUCAACUCGCUCAUCUCCAGUCCACGGCUUGGAGGGAGAGACAAGAAGAAGCUGAAGGGCCAAAAAGAGCAGCAGUUAAAGGCUAAAAAGCUGAGCAAGGCCACUGCCAACAGCGAGUUCCAAGACAGUUCAGAGAGCGAGCCAGAGCUCUUCAUCAGUGGUGAUGAGCUGCUCAAUCAGUGCCAGAGUGGUAAGAAGGGCUGGAAGAAUAAGAGGAAUCAAAGGGCUGCCACUGAGCUUGAUGAGAUCAAAUGUCGAAAAGCAAAUGAGAAGGAGGACAGAGGGCUGGGCAGUCAGGGCUUUGUCUAUGUCAUGGCCAACAAGCAACCUCUCUGGAACGAAGCCACGCAGGUUUACCAGCUGGACUUUGGCGGGCGUGUCACACAGGAGUCAGCCAAGAACUUUCAGAUUGAACUGGAGGGCAGGCAGGUGAUGCAGUUUGGCAGGAUUGAUGGCAAUGCCUACAUCCUCGACUUCCAGUAUCCCUUCUCUGCUGUCCAGGCAUUUGCUGUGGCUUUGGCAAACGUCACACAACGCCUCAAAUGA